ACGUAACCCAACCGCCGUGGGAAAUCUGAAAGGAUUGCUUUAAAACUACACCACAAAAAUCGAUGCCGCCGUCAGCAUUUAUGGCGAAUUAUUUCGUCUCUCGCUCUUGAUUAAAAGAAACAUUUGGGGAGGAAGGGAAGGGGAGAGGGGGCAAAGCUUGUGAUCGUAACGAACGAAUGCACUGUUGAAUGGCAGCGAGUCUCAGCUGUGGCGGCGAUGACCAUAGUGGCCCUCAGGAACGAGUUCAAUUGACGAUUUGAGGCUUGCAUCGCGGGCGGCCAUUGGCACCCGCUGCCGGCUGGGCAUGGACAAGCACGAUGAAGCGGACUCGAUGGAAUUCAUCGACUGGGAUCGGAUGCCCGAGCACGGCAACGAUGGCGGCGGCGGCGGCGGUGGCAACGUGGACGAAGCGUUCUUCCGUUCGGUCGAGCAGAUGCAGCUCAAGCUCAUGGCCAGGUCCGGCCGUUUCUCCACCGAGCACUCGUCGCGUGCCGCCUUCUACCGCCACGCCCUCUCCUCGCUGCCGUGCCGGCUCGUCACGCCGGACGCCUCCGUGUACCGCGACUCCGCUCCCCGCCUCUCCCGCCUGCUCCCCUCCUCCGGCUCGGCCGCCCCGCCUACGCCGGGCUUCGCCGACGGCUGGGCCACGCCGCGCUACUGCCUGACGGCGGCGGGCCGGCUCGCCGCGGCGAGGGUCCUGCGCGCCGUUGAGCUGCACUUCCCGGACGUGACGUUCUGCCCGGCGCUGCCGGCCACCGUGGCGCUGCUGGCGCACUACUCGCGCUCCGAGGCCGAGCUGUUCGCCGGCGCCGCCAGGAUCCUGGCGCACGGCGGGGGGGCGGCCGACGAGAAGCAGGCGCCGCGCCUGCACCUACUGGACCAGACGUUCCUGGGCUUCGAGGCAUCCUGCAUGACCUUUGGCGACCUCGCUGCCAAGUACUGCCCCAGCGCCCACCGCAUCAUCGUCUCCCGUGAGCAGGACGUGCUGCAGGUGUACAGCGGCUGGCUGCGCUGGCUGUUUGAGGACCUGCCCUUUGAGUUUGCCGUGCGCGUGUUCGACUGCUUCCUGCUGGAGGGACACAAGGUGCUGUACCGCACGGCGCUCGCCCUCCUCAAGCUGUUCAAAAGCAGCGUGAAGAAACGGGCGCUCACAAACAGCCCCGGCCCCACCAGCCAGGACGGAGUGUGCGGAGAGAUCCGCUCGUUUGCUCGCUCCCUCUCUCUGCACGUGUCCCCGACGCGGCUUUUGGACCGAGGCUUCCGCGUGCGUCUGCUGUCCCGCCGGGAGAUCUCCCUGCUGCGCCUGGCCAACGAGAGCGCCCUGCAGGCGGCAGGGAUCUCGCGCGUGCAUCGCAGCCCUCACAAGCAAAAGCGGAGCGUGCAGCUGUCCGUGGACCUGAGCGCGGUGCACUCGGACGUGGUGUCCGCCCAGCAGAUGCACGCCGUGUGGUCGUGGAUCCCGGAGAGGUUCACGCUCACGCGCCCGCUGCUGCUCUUCACGACCGCGGAGCACGGGUACAGCCUCAGCAGAUUCUACACGCACUGCGAUGGACACGAGCCGACCGUUCUACUCAUAAAGACUACGGAGGGCGAGGUGUGUGGGGCGUUUCUCUCGUCGGACUGGGCUGAGAGGAGGAAGAGCAAAGGAACGAUGAGUUUCUUUGGCACCGGGGAGUGUUUCGUGUUCAGACUGCACCCGGAGGUGGAACGCUACGAGUGGGUGGUGAUCAGACACCCGGAGCUGGUGCAGGCAGAGAGCGACGUGGGUGAUGCGCCGGAGAUCGCGGGGCAGGGCACCGCCGUCUCCCCCUUGCCCGCCGGGGUUGCAGAGCCACGCUCGGAUCGCCUGUCGCCCUUCCUGGCGACCAAACACUUCGGGCUGCCCAGCAAAACCGCAUCCAUGUUCAUGGCCGGGAAUGCGGAGAGCAUCAUUAUAGGUGGCGGUGGCGGUCAGGCCCUCUAUCUCGACUCCGAGCUGAACCACGGACGCACGGCACCCUGCGACACGUUCGCCAACCCGCCGCUGUGCACGGAGACCUUUCAGGUGCAGAUCCUGGAGGUCUGGGGCUUUGCCGAGAGUGGCCAAUGACCUCCUCCCGCAAAAGCCUUGAACCACAACACCCCCUUUUUUCCCCCACUGGCACACACCGAAGCCGGGUCAACCCCCUCCCCAUCGGGGGUACCUUCUUCCCGUUUGUCGAGCUGAGUUCGUGACCGACAGCCGGCUUCGCUGGAUAAUCCGAAUCUGGCUUUGGGGCCAAGCAGGGCCAGGCGGCCGGGCUAACGGUGAAUAAAGUUUGAGGUGUGACGUCGGCGGCACGACUUCGGCUCUUGCGGUGGG